AUGUUCUUAAGAGAAGAAAUUAUAGGCUCAUUCUAUAUUGAUUAUUAUUAAAAAAUGCUUUUAAUUGGGAUUUAGACAUAAGGUAUAUUUAUUUAUAGAAUAGAAAACGAAAAAUCUUAUUUAAACUAAUUUAUUCCAAUAUUUAACUUUGUAAUACAUCUAAAUAUGAAACUAAACAGGGGACUCAUUUAUUUCGGUGAUGCAUAAAAUUUAAUGAUUUUCGAAAGCUAAAAAUUAAGUAGUCUUUAACAAUAGUAGUAAAACGACUAAAACUCUAUUAAUAUUUAUAAUAAACAUUAAUGUUUUCUAACCGUUGAUAUUUAAGAUGAAUAUCCCUAUUAAAGUUAAAUUGAUGAAGAUGGUUCUUUUUUAUUUAUAGCAGCAGGUUUCCAAGGAUUACUUGUAUAUGAUCUUAGGGAUAUUUACUUUCCAAAAUAAAUCUUCAGUAAGGCAAAACACAAUGUAUCACAUGAUACUUUACUUUAUUUAUAAAAAAAGUAAAUUUUAAUAGUUGGAUAGUCUGAACAAGGUAUGAUUUUUUACAAAAUCAAUAAACAAGAAGACCAAAAAAUAUAAAUAAUUGAAAUUAAAGAGUUUAAAUUAGAAGAUGUAGCUAAUGAUUGUGACGAUUUAACUUCUAAUGAUUAGGAAAAUAUUAUAGUUUGCGCAAAUGGGAUAUAAGGUUUUUAUGCUAUUAACAUUUACGAUAUCCAAAAUAUAUAUGAAGUCGGAAGAUUUAAUAUACAAUCUAUUUCUACAGGAGUAGAAAGUUAAUAAUAUAAUUAUAUUGAUGAAAAUGGAUUUAUUUCUAAUUCUUUUACUCCAUUCAAGGAAUUUUAAAGUUUCUUCUAAUAUUAAUAAUAUUGA